GUUGGAUACACUGCCAAAAAUAGCGACGCCAUGAUAUUUUUUGUUCGUUCGUUUUCGUUUGAUUGAUUAAGAUCUUGUUUGUGAAUUUGUGAUUUAAUUAAUGUUAUAGUAAAAAUUAUUUUUAUGUACUUAAUCAUUAUGUGUUGUGCUAUUUUAUGGAAGUGAGAUUCUGUAAUAUUUCAGUAUAUUUCUGAGUAUGUUUUGGACAUUAAUUUUCGAACCUUGAAGGAAGACUUGACAACACAAUGUCAGGCGGCCAGCUAGUGGUGCUGGACCGUCUGGGGCGCGACGUGAAGCGCUACCCGCUGCCAGAGGGACUCGCGACGCUGGGCAGCGACCCCGCAUGCGACAUCCGUAUCAUGCUGCCUACUGUCAGCCCACAUCAUGCCACAGUUGUGGUUCAUGCUAAUCAGACGGUAGUCCGUAAUGUGAGUACCGGCGAGACGUUGGUGAACGGCAGUGCGGUGAGCGUGGCUGCGCUGAGACACGGCGACACCAUCGGCAUCGGCGGCCGCGCGCUGCGCUGGGACUACAGCGACCCGCACGCUGACAGGCCCCUCGCACCGCAGCCUGCCCUGUGGCUGCCGGAGCGCACGCGCACGCGCACGCGCAGCCCGCGCCGACGCAGCGCCGCGUGCGCGCGACGCAACCUCGCGCAUGCGCGCGUGUCCGCGCCCGCGACUGCGCCCGCGCGACAGGUGGCCGUCGUGCAGCCGCAGCGACGCCCCGAACACGGUCAAGCAACACCAGUCCGACAGAAUGCAUCCAACAAACGUUCCCGGUCUUCCAACAAUGACAGCGAGCUGGACUCGUCUGUGAGUAGUGAACCUGAGUCCAUUCGCAAGUCCGGAGGGAGACCUAGCCAGAGGAAUGCUAGUUUACAGCUAGCCCCGGAGCAGCCGCGGCCGAGCGCCACCAAGGCCAUUCUGUGGAUCGAGUCCCGCAAGCGACCGCGCAAGCUGCCCGCGCCCGCCCUCGUCGACCACACGAAGCAAGCCGCCAUCUUGCUGAUGACGCGGCACACGCCCAAGAAGUGCGCGAGUCCGGGUCAGCCCACUCUCGUCGUCAAGAAGCGCACGCCUCGUGUGUCACCCGCUACCACGCCGCGGCCGCUGUCUCGCACUUCGACUGUGACGUCACAAUCCACCCCGGCCACGUCGCUGACAUCACUCUCCAAUUCGGGAAGAAGAUCCAGGGGAAGACCGUCUCGUGCGCAGAAUGUCACCAAUGACGUGGCGCUAGUAGAACUGAGCGAUUGUAAUCUCUCUCAGUCCUCCGACAACACAUACUACUCCCCCGCCCUCUCCUCCCGCUCCUCCCAACGCUCCUCCCAGCGCUCCCCGCUUUUACCUUCCCCCAAAAAAUCCGCGCUCAAAGACCCAAAGAAAUCAGCUCGCAAGACAGAGUCCAUCAAAUUUGACCUCAGCAAUCUCGAGAGCGAGCAAUCUCAAGACGUGUUCUUACUCAGUGACGUCACAAAAAACAGCCAAUCAGACACAGACGUUACUCUACACUACGACUCUAGUGUAAACUCCCCAUCGCCGUCCCCAAGAAAAUCCAUUCAUUCUCGAAGCAGCAAAAUACUCGAAAGAACAUUGGGCACUUCCAUAUCUGAACCUCAAACUUCCAUUCGGACGUUGACCCCUGAGACAUCAAAGCCGAGAAAAUCGUCAAGAGUGAGCGAGAUCGUCCAAAAGGCUUUGGAAUCUCCUGGGAAUUCCCGCUAUUCCCAAAGAACGACAAAAUCUCUAUCAGACGACAGUUACAACACAAUCGCAUCUGCGUACAAAACUCGCACAUUGAGUCCGCAAUCGCUUCAGAAUAACAUUGAAUCUUAUUCCAUAGUCGAUUUAGUAUCAGUCGAUUCGAAUCAAUCGGGAAGUUCCGUGUACAACUCUAUGAGGUCAACGAAAAGCACUGACACAUUUGGCACGCCACAGAACAGUACUGGGAGAAAAACUAGAUCCACUAUAGAUCCAUCAUUGCUCACUUCCAGUACUCCUUACAUCGCUAAGAAAACAAGGGGUUCGAAAAGAUCUCUGUCCAGCCCUAAUAUAUCCACUAAUAACUCUAAAAACACUUCUCAAGUAUCACGUGGCUCUUCUAGAAGAUCUAAAUCUUUGUCUACACCAGAAAAUACUCAGAGACAUAUAUCGGUUAAUAGUACGAGAGUAUCCCGCGCUUCGCGCAGUCGCUCGAGAAUAAAUGAUAGUGAUUUACUGCUUAUUUCAACCGUUUCUGACGACGAUUCCCCGAAAUCUUCUAAACGAGCUAGCAGGGCUACAAAAUCUACUUCGAUUUCGAAAUCUCCUAUAAUAAGUCCAAAGACUAUAAGCGUAUCUAUGAGGAAAUCUCCAUCGAGUGACUCAAGUCCGAAGUCGAACAAUUCUGGCGGGUCCAAGUCUACUAAAUCGCCUAUUACAAGCCCCAAGUCUAAUGUAAGCCUAGAAACACGCAAGACUAAGUCUGUAAGCCCUAAAUCACCGAUACUAAGCCCUAAGACUAAUAUAAGUGUAACUCGCAAGACUAAAUCUAUGGGUUCGAGGUCGCCUGUACCAAGCCAAAAGUCAAAGACUUCGAAUCGUAGGACCAGAUCCUUAGGGAGUCCAAAUUCACCUAUAUUAAGUCCGAAGUCGACUUCUGCUAAUAGGACUCGCAAGACCAAAUCUCAAAGCUUCAAGUCUCCUACAAUAAGCCCCAAAGCUAGCACAAGUGUCCGUCCAACUCGUAGUAAAUUAUCUAUUAGUCCCACAAAUGAUGGAUUUAGUACCCCUGAGAAUAGACACAGCCCAGUGGAAGUUGGUACUCCAGUUUUGAGUAUACAGAGUCUUCUAAAUUCUAGCCAGAGUUCAUUGACCUCGCUAAGGUCAACGAAAAAAGGAAAAGCGUUGCUGAAAAGAAAGACGAUUGGAGGAAUACUUCCGAAGUCUAAGAAAGGUCGCGUGUCGCUCAAAUCUAAAUCUUUUAACUUUGGCGCGAGAAAAACUGCUUCGAGAUUGAGCAGAGAAUCCGAUGAGACUGUGGAAAGCGCGCCACCGCCAGAAGAGGACAUUGUCACGCCGAAAAGUGGCGUGAAGUUAGUGCAAGAAGCGGUUAAAAAUAAACACUCAACGGCUAAGAAACCGCAGUCGAAACGAUCCAUAAUUGACGAUUUGAACGAAUCUGAUAUUGUCAAACAGCUAUUCAACAGUCCAGUGAAGCGAAAAUUGUCACAAAGCAUGACAGAAUUCUCGCGCAAGCAAUUAUUUGAUGAUGAUGACAUGGUGUCAGUUAAGAGGCCGACGAGAAACACAGUCGCGUUAGGACGGACGCCUGACAACUCUAUAUUGAAUGAAAGUGAUUCUUAUACGCCUGAAGUGUUCGUCAGUCCUCUGGGAACUCCCAAUAACAGUCCCAAUUUGACAGGCAUCAAAAGAUUAUUCAGAAAAGACACUCCAGAAAAUGAUUUGCGUAACGUCAAAGGCGUUAAAGGGUUGUUAAGAACACCGCGCGCGCGACGCUCUGUUAAGAAUGAUUUGACUCGCGUGUCCGGGGUAAAAAAUGUAUUCGCGAGGUCUCCGAAGAAUCGACUGAGUGAUGUCAGAGUUAAAGAAGUAUUUGUGGCGUCGCCUAAGAAUGAUUUGCGGCGGGUGACUGGAGUGAAGUCCCUGUUUCAAUCGCAGAAGAAGAGGAAAUCUCUUAAAAAUGAUCUGAGAGAUGUUAGAGGCGUGAAACAGCUAUUCGUACCGAGCAGUCCCGUGAAUGAUCUGCGUAAUGUAUCGGGCGUUAAAAAGCUUUUACGAAAGAAUUCGCCGCGAAAUGACUUGAGCGAUGUGCGGGGCGUGAAGAAAAUGUUCAGACAAGAGAAACAGCGAGAAAAUGCGGCUGAUGUCAGCGGAAUCGAGGAGUUAUUCAACGAAUCCAAUCAUUCUUAUAGGGACAGCGAAGUCCUAUUCGAUCGGCUAAUCGGCAAGCCGUCCAUCAAAGCAGUAUAUUCUAGAACUUUCACUAAAAAGAACGCGAAGCCACGUAAAAUUCGUCGGCGCUCCUUACACGUUUCCAUAGAUGAGAUAAUAGCAAAACCAGAAGAAUGGAUUCAAAAAGAGUUGGAGAAACGUAUCCAGAAAAAAAAUCGCGAAUUGUUGAAAUUGGCCACAGACACUGUGGAAGGGCAUGCUCCUAUUCGUACUUCUCGCGUUCGGAACAGCACUAUAGCAGAUAAUCCAAGGAAAAGGUCCACCGCUGAGAAUUAUAGUGCGCAUACUUUGCCUAUAAAAAAGCGUUCGUUGGUGGAUUCAAGGGAAAAUUCUCGAGUUUCUCGUGGUUCAAAUGCGGCAAGCACUAGUGGCAUAAACUCUGGAAGAUUGUUGCCGAUAAAGAAACGUGCGUUGGUUCAUUCUACACCGGUGAAGGGGAAGGCUACAGUCGUGAUGGCGGAGUUAGGCAGAGUAUCGCCCAUAGCUCUGGAUAAUUCACAAGGGUUCACGACAACAGUAGUCGAAGCACCAAUAUUACAAACAUCAAGACGUAGUACAAAGGCGAAGGCAGAUACACCGCAAGUGAAAAUAGUUGUUACGUCACCCAAAAAGACACGCGGCAAGGUGUCUGCUCUGGUAUCACCGAAAAAAGCACAAGUUUCACCAAAGAAAACAAUAAUUAUAUCACCAAAGCACACAAGAGCUACUCGCAACAAAAACGACUUUGCAUCGAAGAAACGUGCGACUUUAGUCAUCACUAAAAAGAGCCCAGUUCUGAGCCCAAAACCUAACAAAGACCAAGUGAAAUCCCCAAGUCCUAAGAAAGAAGAAAGAAGGACCACUCGUAGAAAAAAACUUGCUGAAAUAGAGUCGGUGGCUGAUGUUGAAAAACCCAAGUCACCAAAAAGGACGAGAGGGAAGAAAGUCAGUUUAGUCGUGAGCAAACCUUCGCCGAAAAUGAAGCCGGCAGCCAAAGCUAAAGUUUCUACUACAAAAACCGCCGAGGAAAUCCCGGUAAAACAAAGACGUUCAAGAAAAACUACGGCUCCUACUGAAUCUGUUGAGCAAAAGACUGAAUCACCUAAAGAAUCUAUUCGCGCGACUAGAAAUCGUAAGACUGCUGAAGUCGCAGUAGAAAAGACUAAAGUACCAAAGACAAGUAAAAAACAGGAAAGUGUUAAAGACAAACCAGUCAAAACUAGAGGUAAAAAGGCUGAAGUCAAUGCUGAAAUUAAGAAGACAGGCGCAAGACUCACACGCGGCAAAAAGAGCGAUACGGUUGAAGAGGAAACUGAAGCGCCAAAACGGGGAAAGAAAACAGAAAAAGUUGUUGAAGAAAAGGUUACACCGCAAAGAAGGGGUAAACAAGUAGAAGAUGUGAAACCGGUAGCACAAAAGAGGGGUAAAAAAGCUGAAGUUGUAGAACAAAAAUCUGUUGCUACUAGGAGGGGGCGAAAUACAAAAACUGAUGAAAAUAUAGUGUCGCCAAAAAGGGGCCGAAAUACUCAAGAAUCUCAGUCCAAACCUACAAGAAAGGGACGAAAUACUAAGACGGAGGAUGAAGAAUCUCCAAAAAGGGGUCGAAAAACCGAAGAUAAGGAACAGAAACCUGCGCAAACUAGGGGAAGGAAAAUUGAAACAGCACAAAAAGAAAAAGUUGCACAAAAGAGAGGACAAAAGGCGGACAAGAGUGAAGUACAAGUGAGUAAUACGAGCGUCUCGCCGAGAGGAAAGAGGGGGAAAGCGAGUGAACCGGCGCAGGAGAAGAAAACUAGGGGGAGGAAAGCUGAGCCCGAGGUCGAGUCAAGACCAACUCGCGGCGCUAGCAAAGCAGAAGUGAAGAGGAAAAGGAAGUCUACGUCCGAGGAAGAAGUUCCCAGUAAAGUGAGGAAGACGAGGAACGGUGACGUGGCUGCCGCUAAGGAAACGAAGAACCAGAAGGGCAGGACGUCAGCUAGCGGGAAGCAGUCCGCGAGUGCAGCAGCCGCGCCCGCUUCUCGCAAGAGGAAGACGGCUGCAGUGAGCCCGGUCAAGGAAACGAAGAGAAACGCACGAGGCAAGAGGUAAAAGGUGCCGAGGCGCGCUUGGUUCAGUACAAAGUACAAAUUAUUUUAUAAGGUGCAUAAAGGCGCUAUCGAGAUUGAUAAUAAAUUCAUACUACUGGUAGAGACAAUAGGCUACUUGACAAGGUCUUAAACACAAAAUCAUGUUAAAAUAGAUACAUGUUUGAAAAUAAAGGUUUGAAUUCUUUGUAUAAAGAUUUAAAGUUUAGAACAUUAUAAAAAUAUGUAAUUAUUAUCCUUUGGCAUUUAUGGAAUGUAGUGACGAACAAAGUUCUUGCUACAAGCCUGUCGUUGGCUACUAUUUUCAUGUUUCAUUUAUUAUAUUUGCUAUUACAGAAAUAUUUACAAAUCUUAGUCAAAUAGCCUAUAGUUCUCAUUUUUUAGUUCCCAAAUAUCACGAAUACACUGAAGUAUUUUAGUACAAUCGUUUUUAGAUAGCUUUAGCUUGUGUUCCAUUUUAGUUCUUAUUAUUAUCAUGAUUUAAUUAAUUUUUUUCUUGCGCUUAGUUGCAGAAACUCGUUCGUAGUGUCAAAACUAAUUAUGUUGCAUUCAUUACAAAUACAGUUUAUGCAACUCAGCGCUUUUUUGUUUUAAGUAUUGGAAUGUAUUACUUAUCAAAUAUAAGUUGGCAUUCAAAAUGUUCUCUCUCCUACAUAGACAAGUCUUGAUAUCGGAUUUCUGUAUGAAAUAAACAUGGAUGACUUUGCAUUGCAUCAAAAUUUUAGAUUUUGAUGUGUUUAGGACCUAAUAACAUUAUAACUGUACUUGUACACUACAUUCGAAGUUAGAUAUUUUUGAAUCUUCUUUAUUGAUUUCAUUUUCUUCAUGCCAACUUAUAUUUGACGCGUAAGCAUUAGUUUAUCAGUACAAAAGUAACUUUAUGAAGUACUUUAAAGCAUAAAGCAAUGUUUAUAAAAAUGGAAUUUAACAAUUCAUAUUUUAUAACAGAUUUUUCUUAAGCUUCGCAAUAAACUUGUCUUACUACAAAACGAUGUCUAAGUGUUUAGCUUAACAUUUGCUAAAAUGAUUACCCUCCCAUAUUAAGAUGUGCUUCAUGGUGCUUGAAUGGCAUUUUCUAGUUGUCAGUAACUUAUAAUUUUGCGUGGGUGAAGGGCUCCCGGAGUGUUUAUUGUUUUGUAAUAAGAUAACUUUUAUGGAUAUAUUUUCCAAAAUUUUUAAUAUACCCAAUUUUAAUGUAACUUAUCUAUGGUUCAUCGUGCAAUAAGAGACAAUCAUGUGAUGAUUUCUCCAAUGAUGAACAGACUCAUAUCUUAGAACAAUUACGAUAUCAUGAUAUUGAAAUAUUUUUGCAUUAAUUGACUUGUUUAGUCUUAUUACUUAGCAAAUGUAUGACGCUUAUUGGUGUAUAAUAUCAUAACAGAGGCUCUUAAAAAUAUUUUAAUAUUGAGAUGGUCUUGGAAUAAUAACAUCAGGCGAAGGGCAAUAUGUUUCUUUAUGAUUCAUUCAUUUUCAGUUUUUUGAGGUUAUUAUUCCAUGACUUCGUCACUGUGCGCCCAAAUUUGCCAAUUCGUGUAUUAGUUAUUGGAUCUGUGACCAAUUGCCAAGCAAAAUGGAUAGAUUUCGCAAGUCUGCGAAGACGAUUAAAUAUAUUUGAUAGUCACACACAGAAACUACUAUCUUAUUGGGCAGUUGGUAUAAAAUCGUACACAAU